AUGGCGUAUUCCCUUCUUCCAAAAUCCUCCGCAUGCACCAUCUUCCUUUUUUGCUUUUUCUUCCUCGUUGCCGUGGCAGUGGAUGCCAAACUGGUUCAUAGUGAUGGAGUACUCCACCGGCCGCCGAAGGAGAAGACGUCCCACCUCCACUUCUACUUCCACGACAUCGUCCGCGGCCGGAAUCAAACUGUAGUACGGGUUGCCGGAGCUGGGAACCGGACCUCGGCGACGGGGUUUGGCGAUGUUGUGAUGAUCGACGACCCCUUGACAGAAGGGCCUGAGUUGUCUUCCAAACUGGUGGGAAGAGCCCAAGGGCUCUACGCUUCGUCCGGGCUGCAGGAAACGAGCUUGCUGAUGGCAGUGAACUAUGUGUUCAUGGAGGGAAAGUACAAUGGCAGCAGCUUGAGCAUUCUGGGGAGGAACACGGCGAUGCGGCCGGUGAGGGAGAUGGCGGUGGUCGGCGGCAGCGGUCUGUUCAGGAUGGCCCGUGGCUACGCCAUUGCGAGGACUCACUCGUUUGAUACAAACCAGGCCACGGUCGAGUACAAUGUCUAUGUCGUCCAUUAUUAGUUAAUUAGAGGAGACCACAUGGCUGCAGUGGAAUAUAUCUCAAUAUUUUUUCUU